AUGCAAUUACAAAUUUCUUUCAGUGCCAUAGUGCUCACUAUUGCGAUGCUAAUCAUAAAUGCUGACGGUUUUAUGUUCAAUUUCAACCAACAACAACAGCAACAACAGCCACCAAAAUUAGAGCCUUAUGAGGAUAGAGUACUAGAUAACGACUGUAAAAACUUCCUAUGUCCUGUGACGCUUGAAUGUGUUUUAUCCAAAUCUGAUUGUCCUUGUCCAUUCCCUAAAUCACAAUUAAAAUGUAUUUUACCAAAUGAGGAAAUCAUGUGCAUAUCAAAGCCUGCAACUCAUGAUCAGAAGAUAAAUAAAAUCUAUGAUGAUUUGGUAGAGGGUCCAAAAGCACAUAUUAAAGGUAUGAGAGAUUGUGGUUGGGUUUUGGAUACAUAUACUGGUAAAUAA